CAAAAAUGUUCUCCUGUUCCAUCUGUUGGCAUUCCUUGAAGGAUCCAGUGACUAUUCCCUGUGGACACAACUACUGUAUGAGCUGUAUUAAAGAGUUCUGGGAUGGAGAGGAUCAGAGGAGAAUCUACAGCUGCCCUCUGUGCAGGAAGGACUUUGAACCGAGGCCUGUUCUGGUAAAAAACAGGUUGUUAGCAGAGUUGCUGGAGGAUCUGAAGGAGCUGACCGAGCCGGAGGCCAGUCGACGACAAAUCCAGCAGAGAAUCCAGGUGCGACAGCAAGAUGUGAAGCUGCUCGAACAGGACAUGGAGGCCAUCUUCUUGCAGCUGAUCUAUCUCCUCCAGAAAAGCUCUGAUGUGAUACAGCAGCUCAGAUCCCAGCAGGAAACUGAAGUGAGUCGAGUCAAAGAGCUUCAGGAGAAGCUGGAGCAGGAGCUGACUGAGCUGAAUAGGAAAGACGACCAGCUGGAGCAGCUCUCACACACAGAGGAUCACAAGCAGUUUCUCCACAACUACCCCUCAGUGUCAGCACUCAGUGAGUCUCCACACUCAUCCAGCAUCAAGACUCGUCYUCUCACAUACUUUGAGGACGUGACAGCAGCUGUGGAGGAGCUCAGAGACAAACUACAGGAUGACCUGAGGGACACCUGGACAAACAUCUCACUGAGAGUCUCUCAAGUCCACGUUCUGCUGUCACAA